CCCGGGGCCGAUGCCGGGCCCAGGCGGAGCCGCCCCGAGGCGGCGGUGACGGGCGCGGGCGGGUCCCGGUGCGUCAGGCGGGCGGGGCCGGCGGGACGCGGCAGCGGCGGCUCCUCGGGCAGGUCAGCGGCGGCACCGGGGAGGGACGGGGAAGUGCGGCGGGGGACGGGGAUCUCCUCUACGGGCUCGAUUCUGCCCAGCCUGACCCAGGAAGGCCGACACCGAGACCGGGCCCGAACCCACCGGGCCCGUUGCAGGGACGUGGGCACUGAGGGCCCAGCACAGUAGGUGCCCAUGACAGACCUGGCGGGGUCAGCGGGUGAGAACCCAUUUGCCUUCAGCGGCGGCGAGGAGGGGCUGGGCGAGGAGAAGGUUCUGGUGAUCCACAGCCAGGCCGAGGAAGAGGAGGAGAAGGAGUUCAAGUGCAUCCUCUGCGGAGAGUGCUUCGGCCAGCAGCCCAGCCUGGCCCGCCACCAGAAGCACCACGCUGGCGAACGCGCUUUCAUUUGCGCCGAGUGCGGCAAAGCCUUCAGCCUCAAGCACAACCUCAUCAUCCACCAGCGCAUCCACACCGGCGAACGGCCCUACCAGUGCGGCGUCUGCCAGAAGAGCUUCAGCCUCAAGCAGAACCUCCUCACCCACCAGCGCAUCCACAGCGGUGAGAAGCCCUUCGGCUGCCAGCGCUGCGGCCGGCGCUUCCGCGAGCACCGCUUCCUCCUCAACCACCAGCGCACCCACGCCGACCGGCCCGCUCCUUCACCUGCCCGCAGUGGCAGCCACGGCGCCGCCCGGCCCUUCUCCUGCCCUGACUGCCACAAGACCUUCAGCCAGAAGGGUUCCCUGAAGCUGCAUCGGCGCAGCCACGCUGCCGGCACCCCCUUCGCCCGCCCGCCCUGCGGCGACAGCUUCGCCCCGGAGGUCGCCCUCACUGCGCGCGGGGACGGGGACACCCUCACGGAAUGACGGCAGCAGCUGCCAGAGCGGAGCUGGCCACCACCGUUUCACUGGGAAGGAGCUGCGGCACCCAGCUGCCAGGGAGAGGGGCGCGAAGAGGAAAGGGCAGUGGCUCACCCCAGCUUCACCAGGAGCCCCCACCAGCACCAAACUCACAGGAAAUAAAGUUCAAAUCCAACACCAAAGCUCGAGGGUGGAAACUGCUUCCUGCUGGCAGCCAGUGCAGCACACAGGAGGCACCGUGGUGAGGCAGAGACCAGUGGAGGUCCUGGCAUGGUGCUGGCAGCGAGGAGCUGAAGGAUGACUCAGAGGAGCACCCAUCCAGGAAGGUGCCAGGGUUGGGGUGUUGGGAGGCCCCUGGGUGUCUGCUGGGGUGGGGAGGCUCUAUGCCGGGGCUGUGCCAACACCAAACAGUGGCAGGGAGCUGGAGCCUUGCUGGGAGAAGUGAGCUUGGCUGGGAUGGCUCUGGUAUGCCAAGCAUGGGGAGCGCAGCAGGAACUGGUGUAUGGCAUGGUGCCUGCUCUCAGUGACAGCAGUGUCCCAGGCCUGGCUCCCACUGGCUGCCGCAUCCUGAGGGAGCUGGGCCAAAUCUACCUCCCACAGAUACCCCCAACACAUUCCUGGGCUCAAGGAGGUGUCUGGGGGGAACUUGUGGCCGUUGGUGACACCCCAG